AUGGCGGCAGCUCAGGUAGUCCCCGUCCCCGCGAUGGCAGGCGGAGGAGGAGGAGGAGGAGGAAGAGGAGCGAAAGGCGAGACGUUUUCGGACACGAGCAGGAAGGACGAUAUCCGUCAGGCGAACAUCAUGGCUGCUAAAGCCGUGGCGGAUGCUGUGCGAACAAGCCUGGGGCCCCGGGGGAUGGAUAAGAUGCUCACGACGGCCACCGGCGAGGUCAUUAUUACCAACGACGGCGCGACGAUUCUCAACAAGAUGGAGGUGACACAGCCAGCGGCGAAGAUGCUGGUGGAGCUGUCCAAGUCGCAGGACAUUGUCGCCGGCGACGGCACCACCACAGUGGUGGUGGUGGCGGGUGCGCUGCUGAAGGAGUGCCUGUCGCUGCUGGGAAAGGGCAUCCACCCUACAAUCAUCUCCGAGGCUCUGCACAAGGCUGCUAACAAGGCCGCCGAGAUCCUCACCACCAUGGCGGUUCCAGUGGAGCUGUCGGACCGCGAGUCGCUCGUCAAGAGCGCCAGCACCUCGCUCAACAGCAAGGUGGUCAGCCAGUACUCUUCUCUGCUUGCCCCGCUAGCAGUUGACUGUGUUCUGCAGGUGAUGGACCCCAGCCGCCCAGAUGUGGUCGAUCUUCGGGACAUCAAAGUGCUCAAGAAGCUGGGCGGCACGGUGGAUGACACGGAGAUGGUGCGCGGGCUGGUGUUUGACCGCAAGGCGAGCCACGCAGCAGGCGGGCCGUCAAGAGUGGAGAAGGCGAAGAUUGGGCUGAUUCAGUUCCAGAUCUCGCCGCCCAAAACCGACAUGGAGCAGUCCGUGAUCGUCUCCGACUACACCCAGAUGGACCGUAUCCUCAAGGAGGAGCGCAACUACAUUCUCAACAUCAUCAAGAAGAUCCGCGCCACGGGGUGCAACGUUCUCCUCAUUCAGAAGUCCAUCCUGCGCGACGCCGUGACAGACCUGUCGCUGCACUACCUGGCCAAGGCCAAGAUCCUGGUCGUGAAGGACGUGGAGCGGGACGACAUUGAGUUCAUCAGCCGCACGCUCAACUGCCUGCCCAUUGCAAAUCCGGAGCACUUCCGCGCGGAGAAACUCGGGCAGGCGGAUCUGGUGGAGGAGGUUCCUGUGGGGGAGGGCCGGGUGGUGAAAAUCACGGGCAUCAAGGACAUGGGGCGGACCAUGAGCGUGGUCGUGCGAGGGUCCAACAGCCUGGUGCUGGAGGAGGCGGAGCGCAGCCUGCAUGACGCGCUCUGUGUCGUGCGCUGCCUCGUCAACAAGCGCUUCCUCAUUGCUGGCGGAGGGGCGCCGGAGAUAGAGGUCAGCCGGCAGCUGGCGGCGUGGAGCAAGCAGCUGGAGGGCAAGGAGAGCUACUGCGCGAGGGCGUUCGCACAGGCCCUGGAGGUGGUGCCGUACACGCUGGCGGAGAAUGCAGGGCUGAACCCCAUCUCCAUCGUCACUGAGCUGCGCAACAAGCAUGCCGAGGGGGAGGUUAGUGCGGGCAUCAAUGUGCGCAAGGGUGCGAUCAGCAACAUGUUUGAGGAGAAUGUGGUGCAGCCGCUGCUCGUGAGCACAAGCGCCAUUUCCCUCGCUGCAGAAACGGGUAUCUGGUCCCUCACACGCCAUGCUCAGAAGCUGGAGGACCAGAUGGCACGCUGGCUCACCCCAUGUCUCCCUCCCUCUCCCCUUCCCCUCGCACUCCACAGGGUGCUCAUGUGGGAGGACGGGUACCUGGUCCCUCACGCCGUGCUUAAGAAGCUGGAGGACCAGAUGGCCCGGUUGCGCAAUUCGGCUUCUAGUGCGGGCGGGGGCGGCAGCAGCAGCAGCCGCCAGGCAGACGCUGUACCCGUUUUAGACGAGCUCUCUUACGACUGGAAGCAGCUGCACGCCACGUAUCUGAAGCUGGUGGGCGUGAGUGUGGCAUUGGAGGCAGCGGAGUGGGUGUACAGCCAUGCCAAGUACCACGCUGAUACUCUCAACUCCGUGCAGAGCCAGCAUCCACCUGGCUGGGCGGAGCACUUCGCGUCUGGCAUCAAGGUCAAUCACACCACUUCCAGGAGUCGACUCAGGACCAAGUCGAUUCCUGCUCUCACAUCGCAGCAUGAUAUUCACUCAACUCAGAAAGUAAACUCUUCCCACUUCUUCCCUCCCUUCCCUGCUCUCCCCAUCCCCUCCCGUCCCCUCCCCUCCUUUCCCCCUCCCCCCGCUCGUUCCCCACAACAGAUUAAGGAGGACCCGAGCAUUUCACAGGGCCUCAAAGAGAAAUUCGAGCAGCUGCAGAAGAUUCCAGGAGUCUUCCUCCCUGAUUUCAUCCCGGAAACUUCCACCACACCUGCAAGCAUCGCCAAACCGCUCCCCAUGCCACCCUCCCACCUCCCCCCGCAUCCCUCCUCCCCAUCCUCUCAUGGCCCCUCCGCCUCCCCUUCCCAUUCUAUCGCCUCCUCCCCCCAUCCUUCCACGCGCCAUACCCCCUCCAUCGCUCACCCACCUUCGUCUAGAUUAAGCCAGAAUUCUAGACCGGGUCCUCUUAGAUUCGAUCCGCCGAGAUCUGACUCUCCCAAGCGGACCACGCAGCGAGCCUUGGCGCAGCUGUCUAUCCUGGGCUCCCCGUCAGGUUCGGCAACCAUACCUGCUAUUCCGCCUUCUGCUUCCGGAGCUGCGGCUGCCGCACCCAUGGCGGGCUCUCAGUUGCCGGCCAAUCGCAAGCUGACACCUGGCGGGCGCUCGCAUUCUCUAUCAGCAGCAGAUGUUUUAGCAGUACUGACACGGGGAGGAGGGGCAGGGGGGGGAGGGGAAGGGUGGGGAGGAGGGGGAGAGGGGAAGCAGAGUGAGGUGAUGCAAUCUAAUAUCGUUCGCGCUUCAUCCGCAGGAGGACCUGUGCGAAUGCUGCAGCAGCAGCAGCUGGAGCAGCAACAGUCAGAGCAGCAUCAGCAUCAGCAGCAGCAGCGGUCAGAGCAGCAGAGCCUUCGAAUCCAAGCAUCUCGCGGCUCCUCCCCCUCUCCCUUCAACCGCUCCCCUGCAGCCUCCUCUCCCCGCUCCCGCAUGAGCUGGGGAAGUGGGGGAGAGAGCGGAGGGGCAGCUUGCGGCAGCACGGGCGGAGCAGGCGGCACGGGGUCAGCUGGGGCAGGUGCAACUGGUGCAGGUGGUAAUGCUGGUGGUGCUGGUGGUGGUGGUGGUGGUGGUGCGAGGGAGAGGCUGUGUGGGGGUGGCGGCAGUGGCAGCUUGAAACGGCCAUGGGAGGAGGACAGUGGUGGUGACGCGGAGGAGAUGGAAUGUGCUGGGUUGAGUGCGGUGGGCAGUGCGAGAGAGGGGAGUUCAGGAGAGGGGAUGGUUGGGGCUGGUGCGUCUGCUGCCGGUGAUGGUAAUGCUGGUGCUGGUGCCGGUGGUGCCGGUGGUGCUGGUGGUGAUGCAGGGGUUUCAAGGCAAGGGUCGGGAGGGGCAGAUGGGCAGGGCCAGGGUACAGCAGGAGGGGAGACUUGUGCUGGUGCUGCCAGUGGGGAGGAACGAGCACCAGCAGGAGCGACAGCCGCAACAGCAAGGAGGCAAGGCAGCUUCGGGUCAGGUGGGCUACAGGGUCUAGAAGCCGCCUUUUCUCCCUUCGACUCGACGCAAAGGCAGGGUCUUGGGGCGGCAUUUGCAACGUUUUCGACGUCAGAAGAGGAGAGAAGGCGAGCAGAGGAGCAGUUUCGGAAGCUGGCGAGGCAGGCUGAGUUCAACGGCCCCUCUCUGGCCGCUGCUGUCAAGCUCUCCCGCGCUGCCAUGAGCCGAGGGUCCUCAGGUGAAUUCUCAGGUGCUCCUGCUGGUGCGGCUGGUGGCUCUGCUGGUGCGUCUGCCGGCGGGCUGGUUUCGCCAGGUGGGAGUGGGUCCAAAGCGGUGGACUCCUCCCCACGGGUGCCUAUGGAGGUGACGAGUGCUGGGGAUAGGCUGGAUGCGAUCCUGUCCCCUGCGUUUCUAUCACCUUCGAUACAGUCACCUACACUGGGUGGAUUCGGGGGAGGGGGUGGGAGUGGGGGGUCGUUGGCACAGCAGGGUCCUCUGAGGAAGCGGCGUGCAACACCGGAGUUGCAUAGGAGGCUCAGCCGAGAGUCGUUUCCCGACUUUGACCUUGAUGCUAGAUCACCUGGUGCUGCUCCUGCUGCCGCUGCUGCUGCUGGUGGUGCAGCCGCUGCUAGUAUUGGUGGUGCUACUGCUGGUGCUGGUGCUGCUGGUGGUGCUGCCAGUACUGCAUCUGCGUCCCCGUCUGCAUUUGCACCGGGUGGCUUGGCGGAUCCAUCUCCGAGCCUCGUUCGCGGGCCUGUAAGCAGGCUCGGCACCACGCUCAACCGAAGCUCGUCCUUAGGUCCGGGACCGGGAGUGACGACGCGGCGGCUGGACCCUUCAUCCGCUGCUGUUUCCAUGUCUGGAGGUCCGGCAGCGAGUUCAGGCACGGUAGGAGCUUCAACCAGCCUCGGCAAGACAGCUAGCCUCACUAAGUCAGCUAGCUUUGGCAAGGCAGCUAGCUCGUCUGCAGCGGGAGGUUCGGAAGGUGCUUCCGAGCCUGUUCCCGCACCUUCGAAAGAGGCUAUGGCGCUGGCGAUCCUAGGGCAGAUGAUGGCCGGCGGCGAUCUAACGGCUCCUGAGGUGCACAUACUAGCCACUCAGAUCACCAAGAGGGCUCAGAAAGAAUCCCAGGCGGGUUCUUCUGGAGUAGCAGCGGCAGCAGGAGGAGCAGCAACAGGAGCAGGAGGAGCAGCAGCAGCAGGAGGAGGAGGGGUAAAGCGGCCUUUGAAGGCUAGUGAUCCUUCCGAAGCUGAGAAGCAGGUUCAGGCACUGCUGCAGCGGAAGCUGAAUGAAAUGGCAGCAGGCUCGGCGCAGGCUCGGAAAGCCCUGCUGGAUCGGCUGAAGGUUGAGGUUGCCGAACGGAGGAAGGCGCUGAGUUCGAAGAGAGAGGGAGGUGAAGAGGAGGAGGAAGAAGAGGAGGAUGGGGAGGAUGAGGAGGAAGAGGAGGAUGGUAGUGAUGGUAGCGAUAGUGGUGGGUCGGAUGGUAUAGACCGAAUGAUUGGUGGUGCAGGCACGGCAGCGGGGGUAGAGGGAGGAGCGGGGAGAGGUGUGGGGAGAGGAAGGGGAGGGGGUUUGGCUGGAGGUGUUGGGAAUGAGGCAAGGAUGGGAAGGGUAGCCGGGGCAGUGGGAGGGGUAGCCGGGGCAGUGGGAGGGGUAGCCGGGGCAGUGGGAGGGGUAGCCGGGGCAGUGGGAGGGGUAGCCGGGGCAGUGGGAGGGGUAGCCGGGGCAGUGGGAGGGGUAGCCGGGGCAGUGGGAAGGGUAGCCGGGGCAGUGGGAAGGGUAGCCGGGGCAGUGGGAGGACAAGUAGGUGCGGGUGGUGGGAGAGGAGGGGUGUGGAAGGUGGAAGAUAUGGAACCCUCACACACUAACUCCCACAGCACUCUCUUUCUGCCAGAAGGGGAACUGCCCCCCUGGCAUUCCCAGCAGGAGGAGCUGCAUCAGCUGGGCCAGCAGCAGCAAGGGCAGGAGAGGGGAGUGCAGCAGCAGGGGUUGGAGGAUUUCAGCAUGUUUCUAGACGAUCUGGAUCUGGGUGUGGAGCUGCCUCCUGACCUUCACUUCGCAUCCGCCUAG